UCCCCGACCCGAGUCCAGCUCUCCGGGCGAUGACCAAGUAAAUGCUGGGGCAAUGUCCCGUCGCAAGCAGGGGAACCCGCAGCACUUGUCUCAACGGGAAAUUAUCACGCCAGAGGCUGACCAUGUGGAAACGGCCAUCACCCACGAGGAAGAGAGCCUAGUGCUCGGGGAGCCGGUCGGCCUCAGCAUUGCAGCGGGUGGAGCAGACCCCGACUUAUUAACCUGUGGACAGUGUCAGAUGAACUUCCCCCUGGGAGACAUCUUGGUUUUUAUAGAGCACAAGAAGAAACAGUGCAAUGGCACGGGUGGCAUCUGCUACGAAAAGAACCUGGAUAAGAGCAGUCCUCCCCCUUCGUCGCGCGCCGAGCUCAGGAAAGUGUCAGAGCCAGUGGAAAUCGGGAUCCAAGUCACACCCGAUGAAGAAGACCGUCUUCUCACGCCUACAAAAGGAAUUUGCCCCAAGCAGGAGAACCUUGCAGGGCCGUCCAGGCCUGCAAAGCUGCCGGCGGCCUCCAUAACUGCCUCCUCCCACCCUCACGCAUCAGUGAUCGCACCGCCACCUCUCCGUGCUCUGACCUCAAUCCCGCCUUGCCUUAGCCUGCCCUGCUGUGGUGCGCGCGCAGUCUCAGUUGGCUGGUCUCAGACUGAGACGUCAGGCACAUAUGGAUGUCAUUGUCAGUUGUCAGGUAAAGAUGAGCCUUCAAGCUAUAUUUGCACAACAUGCAAGCAGCCUUUUAAUAGCGCUUGGUUUUUGCUUCAGCAUGCCCAGAACACACAUGGAUUCCGCAUCUACUUGGAAACAAGCCCUUCAAAUAGCUCCCUUACUCCACGCAUCACCAUCCCUCCUCCUCUGGGACCCGAGACUGUUGCACAGUCCCCGUUGAUGAAUUUCCUUGGCGACAACAACCCUUUUAGUCUCUUGCGAAUGACAGGUCCCAUCCUGCGUGAUCACCCUGGCUUCGGCGAAGGUCGGCUCCCCAACACACCUCCCCUCUUCAGCCCUCCGCCUCGUCAUCAUCUGGAUCCACAUCGCCUUAGUGCCGAAGAAAUGGGGUUAGUUGCCCAGCAUCCCAGUGCCUUUGACAGAGUCAUGCGUUUAAACCCCAUGGCAAUUGAGUCGCCAGCGAUGGAUUUCUCUAGAAGGCUUCGAGAACUGGCAGGGAACAACUCCACCCCUCCGCCAGUCUCUCCCAAUCGCAACAACCCUAUGCAUCGCUUGUUGAAUCCUUUCCAGCCAAGCCCUAAAUCACCUUUUUUGAGCACUCCGCCAUUGCCACCGAUGCCCCCAAGCAGCACUACGCCUCCCCAGCCUCAGGCUAAAAGUAAGUCCUGUGAAUUUUGUGGGAAAACUUUCAAGUUCCAGAGCAAUCUCAUUGUUCACCGACGCAGUCACACGGGAGAGAAGCCCUAUAAAUGCCAGCUCUGUGACCAUGCUUGUUCCCAAGCCAGCAAAUUAAAACGCCAUAUGAAAACACAUAUGCACAAAGCUGGGUCCAUGACAGGGAGGUCAGAUGAUGGACUGUCUGCUACAAGCUCCCCUGAGCCUGGCACAAGUGAGCUCACUGGAGAAGGACUAAAGUCUAGGGAUGCAGAUUUCAGGAAUGAGAGUGAUCCUUCCCUCGGGCAUGACAACGAAGAAGAGGAGGAAGAGGAGGAGGAGGAAGAGGAGCUGGAAAACGAAAGUAGGCCCGAGUCGAGCUUCAGCAUGGACUCGGAGCUAAGUCGUAACCGAGAAAAUGGCUCCAAAUCGCUGCCAGAUGAAAAAUCCCUCGUCCUAGGAAAAGUGAUAGAGAAUGUAAGCCUCGGUACCAUCCAGCAAUACAAUGACAUGCUGGCCGAAAAGCAGAAAAGAGGUGGCUUCAUGAAAAGGUCUUCUGAUCAACGAGACCUCUGUCCUCGAGACCUCUGUCAGAGAGACACUGGCGACGAAGACUCAGUGGUGGGAGAACUUGACCGCACUGAGGAAGGGACAGUCAAUGGGAGAAACUUUGGUCCAGGCGAACCCUUUCCAGGCCUGUUCCCUCGUAAGCCAACCCCUAUUACAAGCCCCAGUUUAAACAACUCAUCGAAAAGAAUAAAGAUAGAGAAAGAUUUGGACUUACCACCAGCAACAAUAAUACCUUCUGAAAAUGUUUACUCACAGUGGCUGGUAGGAUAUGCAGCAUCAAGGCACUUCAUGAAGGAUCCGUUUCUAGGAUUCACAGACUCCCGACAAUCCCCCUUUGCUACUUCUUCUGAGCACUCCUCAGAAAACGGAAGCCUGCGUUUCUCCACUCCACCAGGUGAUAUGCUGGAUGGCGGUCUCUCAGGGCGCAGCGGGACGGCGAGCGGAGGCAGUACGCCCCAUAUCAGCGGACCUGGCCCCGGUCGACCCAGUUCAAAGGAAGGGCGGCGGAGCGAUACGUGCGAGUACUGUGGCAAGGUGUUUAAGAAUUGCAGCAACUUAACGGUGCAUCGCCGGAGCCACACGGGAGAGCGGCCUUACAAAUGACAACGCUGCUUAGGAAAUGGAAUGGAAAUGAUUUACUGCUGAAUUAAAACUCAAAUGACACAAAAUUGCAAGUGGUUAUCAUUGAAUGAAAAAAAUUCAGGAACAACGGUUAAUUUUUUUAAAAGUUAAAUUUAGUGCACUCUGUCUUAAAAUACGUUUACAGUAUUGAAUACAUACAAGGGUAAAACAUUGUGUGUAUUGUGUGUUUGAGCAAUCUCUUUUUUUUUCCUCCUCAAAGUUUGCUUAAUAGGUUAUUAAAAAUGCCAUAAUGGCCAUGUGUAUAUUGUUUUCUUUUGGUGACGGGGUUUUAGUAUAUAUUAUAUAUAUUAAAAUUUCUUGAUUACUGUAAAAGUGGACCAGUAUUUGUAAUAAUGGAGAAUGCCUGGGCAUUUUACAAAACCAGAAAGAAAAAAAAAACUUUUUCUCUUUUUUCCUUGAAAAUGUUGCAGUAAAAUUUAAAUGGUGGGUCUAUAAAUUUGUUCUUGUCACUGUAACUGUAAAGUCUGAGUUUUAGUAAAUUUUUUUCUGCCUUGGGUGUUGAAUUUUUAUUUCAAGAAAAAUGUAUAGAAACUUGUAUUUGGGGAUUAAAAGGUGACUGCUACACCAUGUAGAAAAAGUAUGUAGAAAAAAAGUGCUUAAUAUUGUUAUUGCUUUGCAGAAUUAAAAAAAAUCACAUUUCUGACCUGUACCUAUUUUUAUCUCUCUCUCCCCCCUCCCAUCCUCCCUCUUCUGGAAUGGAUAUUGAUAUUGGUUGAUUCAUAUAAUGUAGGCACUUGCUGUAUUUUUACUGGAACUUGUAAUUUUUUAACUGUACGCUUGUCCUUUUAAAGGGAUUUAAUGUACUUUUUUUGUUAGUGAAUUUGGAAAUAAAAAUAAAAACAAACAAACAGGCUGCCAUAAUAUAUUUUUUAAUUUGGCAGGAUAAAAUAGUGCAAAAAAAUAAUUUGUAUGUCAAGAUCUUAUUGUACAGAAGAAGAAG